GCAAGAUGGGCCAUGGCUCACCGCGUCGGCACGGCCCUGUGCUUUUGGGCGAGCCAGCGCGUGCACUGCGGGGAGAGCUAAUCGAUAAGGGCGCAGUCCUUCUAGAAGCGAGUCGAAGUGACGUCGGACUCGACGGAGCCCGUGUCUGUCAGCAGCAUCGUUUACUAACAUUGGUAUUUUUCUGCCGCCGCCGGCUGCUCGUCCGUCCCUGCCCUAGAUACGACCCUAUCCUUCCACCUGCACCCUGCGGCCAUGGAGACAGAGCCAGAGACGCCCGACUUGACCUGGUCCGCCCAGUUAACCAUCGCCCACUCGUCCCGCGCCACGCAGUUGCCCGGCGACAAGAUCCUACUGCCGCCCUCGGCACUCGAACAACUGCUCGCAGCAGCGCCUGUCAUCACCACCGACUCCAAUCAGACACACAUUACGUCCUUCGACCCUUAUAAUCCGUAUACCUUCGCCGCUGAGCGCCAGGCACGCGCGCAGUUCCAAGACCGGCACCAGCAACUACCGCAUCCGCUCACGUUUCGCCUCGUAAACCCAGGCAAUGGACGAGUCGUAUAUGCCGGCAUCCGAGAGUUCUCUGCAGAAGAAGGGCAAAUACUGCUGAGUGGCUUCUUACGGGAAGCGCUGGGCUUGGAGGCGGGAUCCACCCAGUCUUCGAGGAAAGCCAGCCCAGAUGGCGAUACCGACAUGGUGCAUGGUGCGGAACAGCUCGGGGUGGAUGGCGCCGACCCGAUACAGAUAACCGUCCAUGCAAAGCAAUUACCAAAGGGUUCUUUUGUCAAGCUGAGACCGCUCGAGGCAGGCUACGACCCAGAAGAUUGGAAGUCGCUUCUCGAGGAACACUUGCGCGCAAAUUUCACCACGCUCACCAACGGCGAAGUGCUGGUUGUCUAUGGCGGACGAGCUUCCAAGGGUCGACGAGAAGAAUUUCGAUUCCUUGUGGAUGGCUUCAAACCGGAAGGAGAUGGCAUUUGUGUGGUGGACACAGAUCUGGAGGUCGACAUCGAAGCGCUCAACGAAGAACAAGCACGCGAAACGCUGAAGAAAAUCAUGGCUAAGAGGCAAAAGGCACCAGGUACUGCCGGAGGAAGUUCAGCUGGUGGCAAGAUCGACGUAUUCAAAGCGCAGGAAGGCCAGGUUCUGGAUGGCGAAUACGUGGAUUACGAGCUCUCGUCAUGGGACCGCACUCAGGGCCUCGAGAUAUCACUGAGCGGUGUUGACGAAGAAGACGAAAUAGACCUCUUCGUUAGCCCUCACUCGUCCCGACAACGCGUCCGACCUCGAGAAGACGAGCAUGUCUUCGCAGACGUAUCCAGUAAAUACCCCAAGCGCAUCCGGCUACAGCCAACGAACGUGGAACUCGAAGAUGCAGAAGCAAUAUACAUCUCCGUUCGCGCCUAUCCAGCAGACGACCCAUCAACUACACCAAGACAGUUCCAGCUCAAGGCGUCUAUCUACGACCCUCAAGCAGGAUCUGAAUCGGAAGACACAAGUGGUACUGAGUCCCGUCCAGACGAGGUCCAAUGCAAAAACUGCCUCCAAUGGGUCCCCAAAUCCUCGCUCUUCCUCCACGAAAACUUUUGCCUUCGAAACAACACCAUAUGCCCCCAAGGCUGCGGACAGGUCUUCCAGAAGCGCUCCGAAACAUUCAAGAAUCACUGGCACUGCCCACAUGAUACUUUUACAGGCAACACCCACCUCUCACAAAGCAAGCACAACGCCCUCUACCACACGCCCCAAGCAUGCCCUUCCUGCGACAUGGGCUUCCCCUCCAUCCCAACACUCGCCUCCCACCGCGUCACCGAGUGCCCAGGCAAACUCAUACUCUGCCGCUUCUGUCACCUACAAGUCCCGCAAGAAGGCGAUCCAACCGGGCCCCCGAGCCCCGAACUCCUCCUCUCGGGCCUCACACCCCACGAGCUCGCCGACGGCGGCCGCACAACCGAAUGCCACCUCUGCGCCAAAAUCGUGCGCUUUCGUGACAUGGAAACGCACCUCCGGCACCACGACCUCGAGCGCCUGUCCCGCCCUGCGCCCCGCAUAUGUCGUAAUGCAAACUGCGGCCGCACGCAAGACGGCGCGAACCGUCUCGGCGACACGCGCGCUGGCACGCGGAAAGGCCAGGGCCCGGGCAACGAGAUCGGACUCUGCAGCGUGUGCUUUGGCCCGUUGUACGUCUCGCUGCAUGACCCCGAGGGCAAGGCGCUGCGGCGCCGCAUCGAGCGGCGCUAUCUGAGCCAGCUGCUCACGGGCUGCGGGAAGAGCUGGUGCCGCAACGAGUUCUGCCGUACGGGCCGCAAGAACAGCUCGGGUGUCGACAAGGCGGUCCCGACGAAGGAUGCGAUUCCCAUGGUAAAGCCGUUUCUCGAGGGCAUGGAUGGCCGCGGGUAUGCGACGCCGCUGCAUUUCUGCACCGACGAGGCGAGUCAGCGAAGACGAGGGUUGGCGGAGAUACUGAGUGCGGAGAGGGGGGUGGAAGGGAAGGGGGGGUACGGGAUGGAGUGGUGUGUUGCAGCAUUGGAGGCGGAAGGUGGUGAUCUAGAUAAGGCGAGGGGAUGGCUGAAGGGGUGGGCGCCGCAGAGGACGGAGAAGUCGUUAAGCAUAUAGAUGGCGUUGGCAAGGUUGAUUCAACAUAGACAGAGAGAUACCCAUGCUUGCAAUCUAAGACGGAUGAGCAUAGAAUCGAUGUUGUUCACACUUGUCUAGAGAGCCGAGGACGCUUGGCGAUGUUAUCUAUUCACAGAUGCUAGAAGUUGUCCAAGUGCCGAUUAGUAUC